AUUGCCUUUGUACUCGUCCAGUCAGUAGAUCAAAAAUUUGAAAUUCCUUCUCGAAACCCAACUAUUUUACAUCUGAGACUCAGUGUCUUGCUCGGGAAGCCAUGGAGGAGGACCUAGAGUUUCUUAUCAACGCCUUGUCGGUGCCCAACACCCCACUGACAGAGCCCUACGACGAGGGGCAGUUGCUGGAGAUGCGAGAGACCUUCAAGACGGUGCAGAAGCUCAUCCGAAGCCGCCCUGCGGAAGUGGAGGAGAGUCUUCGCCAAAUGCCGCGAUCCAAAGCCGGCGGGGACACAGGCAGGGUCAAGGACCGAAAUCUCAACUCGAUGCUGGCCCUGAUGGACAGUGAUUGUAGCAGGGGCUCCCCGGCCUGGACAUCGGCCGAUAGUGGAGCUCUCACUUCGCCGAUCAUUUCGGAAUGCGGCCUGCGAGGCAUGAAAGUGAUGGGCCAAAACGACACUGAUUUGGAGAGCAGUCAGUUCGAGUCUGAUGAGGAGUCCCAUGGUGCUCUGGUGCCCUACGAGGAGCUCUACACGGACAAAAGUGCCUCGGAAACGACUCUCACUGGCGAGAGUUCUGUAUCCUCCACGAUAUCCUUUAGCAUUCCCAUGCAAGUGGUCUGGAGCAACAGCGACUACUCGUCGCAGGUCUCAGAUAGCGAGACCACCAUCACGGCCGAUGGACACAGGUUCUCACUCAUGAAUUAAGAGGUUUUGCCACAUUAGUCUUAAAAUUUUAGUGAUUUCUAUAUAGUGACUUGGAUUCUGUAAUAAUUUUAAGUCAUUUCAAUGGUUUGCAGGGCAUAAGGAUGAUUUCUGAAGAGUAAUUGUGGUUAAGGUUAAAGGAUACAGAAAAUCACUUUAAUAAACAGUCCAAAAUUAACAGCA